UUAAUCUUUUACUAACGUUGAAAAAUAAAAAACAUAAUAUGGACUAAUAAUUACCGGAUUUCUUAUUUCAAGCUUCGCUAGUACUUCGAACGCACACCUAUUUUUUCCUUGUCAGAGCGAGAAAAAACACAAGAUCUUAUACAAUUUUAUAGAGCGACAUCUCUUUCUUUCACCUCUAUUGAAAUACGGAACGCAACAUCGGCCUGAUAUCGGCUUACUUCGGCUACCGUUUCAAAAAUAAUCACUAGUCGUUUCUUGAUAUAUUUUCUACGUUGCCUCUGGUCCGCGGCUCAGUCAAAACCGAGGUACCAAAUGAAUCGGGUUCAAUUUUUCAACUGAGUUUGAAUUGGCUUUUUUGGAUAGCGAAUAUUAAUCGCUGGGAGUAAGGCUGCUGUACAUGAGGAUUCAGUAAAGUUUACUGCCUUUGUUACACACAAUGGCCAGUUUGAGUUCUUGAAAGCACCACUUGGUUUAGCCGUUUGUCCCAAAGUUUUCACAAGAUUUAUAACGAUAAUCUAUCGUGAGCUGAUUGCCAAAAAGAUUGUAUUAAUAUUCAUCGACUAUUUAUUAAUUCCAGCUCAAACUGAAAGACAGGCCGUAGAACGGCUGCAAGAAGUAAUGCAAGUAGCAUCACAGUAUGGACUGGAGAUGAACUGGAAGAAGUCACAGUUGGUUGUCAAAAGAGUGGAGUAUUUAGGCCACAUUAUUGAGAAUGGCCAGGUGAAACCAUCGCCAGACAACAUAGAGGCAAUAAAGAAGUUUCGAAAAUACUUAUUUGGGAUUAAAUUCAAAAUAGUAACUGAUUGUAAAGCUUUUCAGAUGACGCUCAUGAAGAGAGAUAUGUCUACAUCCACAAGAGUGGCCAGGUGGAUAAUGCUCCUUCAGGAGUACAACUUCACGGUGGAGCACAGAAAGGGAUCCCAAAUGCGACAUGCAGAUGCGCUGAGCAGAAACCACUAUGUAGCAAUGAUAACAUCUGAUUUUCAAGAGAAAUUGAAGCAAGCCCAACUGAGAGAUGUUGCUUUAAAGGCGGUAAUGGAGAUUUUGAAAGAGAGACCAUAUGAAGAAUAUUGGCUUGAAAAUGGGCUUUUGUUUAAGGGUCCCGAGAAGCAUCUGGUGGUACCAAUUGUAGGUGGCCUCCUCCCGCUCCACCUGACUUAUCCCCCGACCCUCUUGAGUCAUCACCAGAACCCUGUCUCCCUUUUUCUCCUUUAUCUAACCCCUAUGGGAAGGAUGAAGAUUUGGAAAUCAACAACCGUAAACCUCCGCGCCAAAUCAACGCAAGCGAAGAUGACACAGUUAGCUCCAAAACGGUCAAAACCAGUAUUGGUCGAGCCCACUACUCCCGUACAGACCGGUCCCCUUUUCGUCCACGUAUCGCGAAUUGAGGCUGAUCCUCAAGCAGGAUCAUACAUGCAUCCGAUCAAAUUUGGCCAGCUUCUCAUGAAACUCAAAAUAAAAAAAAUCCUCCAAGACGGAAUUAAAAAAGUAGGCCGUAACCGAGUUGCAGUGGAAUUCCGUUCGGCUGACGCCGCGAACGCGUUUAUUAUAAACCCGAAUUUAAUCAUCAAAGGCAACGUAACAAGUAUCCCAACAUGGUAUCCCAUCUAUAACAUUACACGCAUGGGUCUCGUUAAGGAGGUCCCGUCUGAAUGGUCAGAGGAAGAAGUUAAGAAUAACUUAACUCUUCCAACUGACUGUGGAGAAAUCCUUUAAGUCAGAAGGUUGAAUUAUAGGUACCGAUCCUCGGAGGGUCACUCUGAGUAGCGCCCUACACAAAGCGUAGUCAUAACAUUUGACGGCCAAGUCCUUCCACAAAGGGUGUACUGCUGCUACUCCAAGCUUCCAGUAGAACUGUACCAACUCCCAGUAGUUCUAUGCUACAACUGCUGCCGAUAUGGACACACUAAGACGAAGUGUAGAUCGAAACCUCGGUGUUUUAAAUGCGGAGGUAACCAUUCAAGUGACAGUUGCACAAUACAAGAGACAGAGGCCUGUUGCUUUUACUGCUCUGGCCACAAUUUUGUUUCAAACCGUAGCUGCCCAGAAUACAUCCGCCAAAAAAAUAUAAAGGCUGUCAUGGCUGAACUAUGCAUUUCCUUUGAGGAAGCAUCAAAACAGUUCCGCGCUGUCUCCAGGUCCUAUGCUGAUGUAUCUGCAUCAGUCCCCCACAAACUACAGGCUUCCCAAAAUCCAAACUCUCAAUCGAAUAACUCCCCGUCCACCUUUUCCUAUAGGAAAACGGUUACGUUCCCUAAG